AGGGUCCUUUUGUUCUUUUAUUGCCUUGUGACAUGACAUGGCAAGCGUUUGGCCAUCCUGUGAUUUCUGUCUCUCACUUCUUUUGGCAUUGCUCUGUGGUGCUGUUUUUAACACCACCCUGAACCACAGCCACUGCAGCGGCGUUUACCCCUAGUGUGCUCCUGCCAAAAGUUUCAUUAAGGUCUCUAAAUUUGUUUGGUUAAGUCCGGUCAAGUUUUUUUGUGCAGCUUUUAAUCAUAUUUGUGGUGUUAAAGAGCUUCACAUGAGCCACAUUUUGAAACAGUGGUUUGGCCACUACUUUGGGAGGCCAGGCAUGUAAUCCUUAAAACCCAACAACAUAUAUGCUUCAAUUGUGGUUGUAAAAUAGCCCAGAUAAAGGAUUUGGGAAAGUGGUAGGAGGCAAAAUCUGGAGAAACUGAUGCAUAUACAAGACAAGAUGGGCGGAGCUGUGAGCGCUGGCGAGGACAAUGACGACCUGAUUGACAACCUGAAGGAGGCUUACUACAUUCGAUCAGAUCUGGUAGAGCGGGCCUUUCGAGCAAUCGACCGAGCUGACUAUUACCUAGAUGAGUACCGGGACAAUGCGUACAAGGACUUGGCGUGGCGACAUGGGAACAUCCACUUGUCUGCUCCGUGUAUCUACUCUGAGGUGAUGGAGGCUCUGGAUCUUCACCCGGGACUCUCCUUCCUCAACCUGGGCAGCGGCACUGGCUACCUCAGCACCAUGGUCGGGCUCAUAUUGGGACCAUUUGGAGUUAACCACGGGGUAGAGUUACAUGCAGAUGUGAUAGAAUACGCCUACCAGAAGCUGGAUUACUUCAUCAAAACCAGCGAGAGCUUUGACAAGUUUGAGUUCUGCGAGCCGUCCUUUGUGGUGGGCAACUGCCUGGAGAUCCCUCCAGAGACCCGUCAGUAUGAUAGGGUGUACUGUGGAGCCGGGGUGCAGAAGGAGCACGAGGAUUACAUGAAGAACCUGCUCAAGGUGGGGGGCAUCCUUGUGCUGCCCCUUGAGGAGAAGUUGACCAAGAUCACCCGCACAGGCCUGAACAGCUGGGAGACCAAAAAGAUCAUCUCUGUGUCCUUCGCUCCCCUGGUUCUGCCCAAACACAGCACCAAUGGCAAACCCAAGACUGUCCCACUGCCCAUAUACGAGGUGCGAACGUUACAGGAGCUGGCUCGCAUCUCCAUCCGUCACACCCUCAGGGUGACCACAGAUAGCGCUGACAGCCAAUCACGCGGCCGAGGCUCCUCAUUCAGCGUUGGGAGGGGUCUGGCAGUGGCCGGGCUUCAUAAGUAUGGCCCCCGCUUCAAACGGCGGCGUGUCCACCGGCGCCACUGCAAUUCCCUGGUUUUGGCCACCCGACAGGUGGUGGCCAGCAGCGGCAUCGGCUCUGCUGCUCUGGACAGCAACAACAACCAGGGAGGACGAGUGGAGGAGGAAGAUGAGGAGGAAGGAGAGAGGGAGGGGAGGCGGCAGCUGAGAGGCAGCAGGAGGGCAGGCAGAGGGGUGGUGGAAGAAGAGGAGGCGGUGGAGGAGGAGGACGAAGAGGAGGAGCAGGAGGAAGAGGAGGAGAGGGAGACGGGCGAGUUGCUUCGACCUGAGCCGGCUGUGAACAUCCUGAGAGAGAGGAUUCUGGGCCUGCCGCUGCCUGAACCACUGAAGAUGUACCUGCUGUACUACAGGGAGAAAUGAGCCCACUGGAUCCUCACCCAGGUCUUGAACCGCAGACGCAACCACCAAGCCGGGGCUGAAGCCUCUGUUAACCCCACUACCACCUGUACAAGGCAGGGCACCAGGCCGCCCACCUUACUGACCCCCUCCUCGCCCUCCCCAUCAUUCAUCCUCUCUACGACUCACUCGCUCACUCUCUCUCCCGCCGUUCCUUACUUGAUUCAUUUCCUGACUCUGUAGAGAGUCAGUUCAAUUUGUCCCGUGGAGGGGGGGAGGGUUUUUCUAUGCCGGGAUAGAAACAAUUCAGCAGUCUGUGUAUAGAGCAGACACCAGAUAGCUCACUGUAGCUCUCUCAGUCACACCAGACAACCAAACAGUCGCCGAUGUACAGCCUGUGUCUCCUCUCUGUCCCUGCGAGCGUCCUUUCAGGUGGAAAUUAGUAGAAUCUGUGCAUUGGGUCAUAACACAUAUUUACUCUGAUUAUCUCUCUGCAGAGCUGUUCAUUGCCAGCACAACCUGAUAAUAGUCACUCAGAUUGUAAAACGGUAUCUUGGCAGCGCUGAGACAAGCUACCACCAUGGUUUAGUCUAGCAGACUAGACCGCUGUAACAGAGUCUGUGUGUAUGUACACACUGUAGCACAAGAGGGAGAGAGUCCAGACGACUUUGGCGUACUUAGAGAAAAUAAGACAUUCUUCAGUCCUGCUCAGCUCUCUUCCCUCUCACUCUGAGCCCAUGAUUACAGUUGUGACCUAUGAAGGGGGGGGUACAGGUCUUGGGGAAGUUGAGAUCUGAAAUAUGAUCGGACAAAGCUCUGACUUGUCCACAUAAGGUGUUGUGUGAUAUGGACCAGUGGGAGGAAGGUAUAUUUUUAGAAAAGCUGAUUUAUUGGAAAGGAUCACUAGACGUAGAGUCUGCCCAUAGCUUGAGAUUGUGAGUGAAAAAAAAUGUAAAUUGAAAGUUUUCAGCUGUUGAAGAUGAUGUAAGAAGGUCCAGUAGAUUUUCUCCUUGGCCAGUUGUCAUGAUAUUGUAGCUGCAACUAGGGAGUUUUGACUGUGAUGGUGUAGCGCUUAUGAUGAUUUCCAACCAGACCAGGGGCUUUGCCUUGAGCCCCCAAUCAAUUAGAUAAUUUAACUCGGCAUUAAAUUAUCUGCGUUUCCGAGGGGUUGCCCUCUUGCUAUCUAUUUUCCUGGGGCAUCAAUAAAGGGUUUGUUUUUGUUUCAGGCAUUUUUAGUUUGUUGAAAUUUGAUUGAAUCGUUUUCCCAUUUUCUAUGCAGACGUUUCAUUUUGUGAGUUCAUCUUUGUCUCCUGACUUUGUUGCAUGGGGAUGCAACUGACCUAAACCCUGACGUGUGUAUCCAAAGGCAACCCCAAUGUUUUUCUCCACAUCCCAUCAUGAUCUCAUAAAAAAAAUAGAAUGACCAUAACAGAGUGUAUUAUUACUAUCCAAUACUCCAGUGUACAUUCAAAAAACCAGCAUGAUAAAGAUGUAUAAUGAAACAAUUUUUCUUUUUGGAUUGACAGCGUGCAGGUUUUUUGCCACCAUCAACACAUUUUGUUGAUGUGUGCUAGUGCUCUAUUCUUUUUCUUUUUUGGUUCUUGUAUUAUUAAUAUUUUGUUUUCAGAAUUUUAUUUGAGACUUGAAGUGGUGUAUACACAUGAAUUUGUUGUCUGUUUUGAUUUGAGAGCCAUGAAAAAAAAAACAUUCAGACGUUUUGAUGAAUACAAAAAAACAAAGAAAAAAAAAAAACAACCUAUGGACAUAUUCUGUUAUAGUUUCUAGUUAGAUGGGGCAUUAUUCCUUUGAACUAUUGCAUUGGUACCAAACUUUCUUCUCCCUUCUGUGCCAAACUUAUGUUGCAUGGACUCUGAAAUUCUCUUUGAACAGCAGAUCAACAGCAAGUCACUCACUAGAAGAAACAAACUGACAGUCGGAUCAUUUAAAAAAAAAAUAAAAAAAAUACUACUAGCAGUGGUGAAAUGAUGGCCUCUUUUCACGAGUCGUCUUUUAGUUUUUAACGUGAUAAAAUGUGAUAGUUACAGCCUUAAAACUUUCCCACGCUGAUUUGGAAGGUAGAUUCUGCAGGAUGAAUCAGCGAUGAGUAACAAGGUGAUCUCUGCACAACACAAUGCAGAGGCGCCUACAUGAGCAGAUACAACUGGAGCUCAUUGGAUUAAAAAAAAAAAAAAAAGGUGCUGUUAUCACGAUACUGCGGGC